AUGAAGGGUAGCGAUAGCUUGCGACGGGUUAACCGUCCCGCUACCAAUUUCGACCUGCCACCAGCAGCUUUGGCCCAGGCGCAACAGCAGGCUCAGGUUCACGUUCAGGCUCGGGCUCAGGGUUUUCGAUCUCAAACUCAGCCUCAGUCCCAAGAACUCAUCACAAACACCGUGACUUCGACCAGUCCAGAGAUCACCGCCGCUUCUCUUCACAGCCAAGCCCAGGCUAAGGCUCAGGCACUUGCAACCGCCAGGUUCCGUUCCUCUUCGAGACCCAGUCUUCAGGACCUGGCCCUUGUCGACGGGACUUCGACUUCAAACAACCACGACCAACCUCCAGCCUAUGCCCUUUCGUCCUCAUCCUCCUCGACGGGGCCGUCGUCUUUUUCCUAUCCUCCCGCGCAUGCGCAUCCGCCUGCAACAACGCACCAUCACAAUCACAACCUCGCUCGACCCCGGCCCCUGGGCCCAUCCUCCUCCGACAUAACGACCGCUGAGCAGGCUCAAUUCCUCCACCUCCACCCUGUCUCAUCUUCUUCGAGCUUACGUCCAAGGGCUUCGACCACUAGCGCCAGCGCUGCUGCUGCCGCCGCUGCUGGUGCUUCUGUUUCUGCUUCUACGUCUCCAUCGCAUACACCUAAUUCUCUUCUUCGACAACACAUAUCGCCGCCGUCUGCUGUCGACAACAACUCUGCCCACUUUGUUCCUCGAGGCGGGUUGCCCCCCGCGCCGUCCAUCAUGUAUCAGGCAAACCAGAGACAUGUCUCGGGCACCGAUCCCACGAGGGCCUACCAGGUCCCUCCGCCGCCGCCGCCCCCCAUGGGAGGUCCGAAUACCGGUCAUAUGCCCAACAUGAUGAACCUACCUCCGCCGCCGCCGCUUCCUCGAUAUAACACGGCUCCGGGCUCCUCCGGCGUUGGGAUCCCCCCACCUCCCGGUCCGCCUCCCGCCAGUGCCCUCGGCCAGCAACCUCCGUGGCACGGUGCCUUUGGGCGCAUGUACGACGGCCGGUCAGGAUUCAACAUCCCCCCACCGCCGCCCAGCAGCCAGCACCAGCCGUACAACCCAAAGUUACACGCUCAGAUCGCCGCUGGGCAAACAGUCUCUAUCCCUCCACCUCCCCCGCCGAAUGAGGCCAUGAGUGCGACCUACAUUCCGCAGGGCGACACGUACGGAGAGGGAGUUGGUAUCCCCGCCUUUGGACCCGAAGACCCAACCCUGACUGUCAACUCGCAGACAUCACGGCCUGUGACAACGCCACAGAGCGGAACUGACACAAAUGCCACAACCUCCAUGGACGAGGCUACGAGAGAGCGCCUCUAUACUACCAAUAACACCCAGCCGCGCGGCACCUCCAAUUCUUCAAACGCCACCCCUCCCGGCUCCAUCCCACCAGAAAUCGCUGCCCAGUGGCCUCUAGAUACCGUGCUGAUUUGGUUGGCCCAGAACCAGUUCUCCAAAGACUGGCAGGAGACCUUCAGAGCCCUCAACCUUCACGGGGCGCAGUUUCUCGAACUCGGCAGUGGCCACGGCGGACGUGGUAACUUUGGUAUGAUGCAUCAGCAAGUGUAUCCCAGGCUCGCCCAGGAGUGUACCAACAGUCGAACCGGGUGGGAUCAGCCACGAGAGCGGGAAGAGGGCAAGCGAAUGCGAAGACUAAUUCGAAGCAUCGUAACUGGUCGACCCGCUGAUGUGUCUAAAGUUUCAACGAACCACGCCCGGAAAGAAUCCCUCAACGGCGGACAUGGGAACAACCUACCAAGCGCUGGAACUGAUCCCAUGGACUCGCCUAAUACACCUCUCAAUGCUCCUGGUCCUGGCUUUAGCAGUCGCAGAUUUUCCCAAACAAGAUCUACUACAUUACCAAACAGCAUUAGCGCCUCCAACGUUAACUCUGAGUCUAAUCAUCGCAAUAUUCUGAAGCAUGUUGAUACGGAGGGAGCGCGCCGUCACAGUCCUAACGUCAGUGAGUCCAGCGAGGCCACAUUUCGUGCUCCUGCUAUUCACUCGGCGAGUCCUACUGGCAGUCCAGGCAUUCCUCCAUCACUAUAUACUUCGACGACUACGCCGGUUCUCGCCCAAUCACCUAGUGCAAUAAAAGCUGGCCAUCGCUCCAGGAGCAGCCUGGAUUCAGUGGCCUCUAAUGCAGCUAUAUAUGGAUCCGGUGUGCCAUCAGAUGCCGCCUCACUACUCGGUCGGAACAUGAACCUAGGGGAUAUUGUUCAUUCCCGAAACCAUGAUGCGCGAUCACGCCACUCUCCCUCAGAUGGAGGAGAUAGGUCAGCAGGCGGAGAAACCCCUUCUUCAGCUAAAGAUUCUAAGAGUUUUCUCAGCUUUCUAUCCAGGAAAAAGAGGCAAACAAAAGAUGAUGGUGCAUAUCCGUCCCCCGAAGAAAUGGAAGCUUCGCCUGUUUCUCCACAAGGAUCUAUCCGACCUGUUGGGUUGGGUGUUCGAGGAACCAAUGGAAGUGAUACCAAUCUUGAUCUCUCUGGCUCGACAUUGGGCGAUGAUAGAAACGGCAACACUCUGAACCUACGACAGAAAAGGAUCAGCGCUGUGAGGACAUAUGUCCUUGCCACUAUGGAUUACUGGAAUUACCGAAUGUGUGAUAUCACUGAGGCAGAGACAGCAACUGAAGUGCGUCAAGUGAUAUGCAUGCACCUGGGUCUGGGCGAUUAUGAAAACUCGCACAUCUAUCUUACAGAGGUUGGCAAGUUUGAACACGUGGAUCCUCUGGACGACCCGAGUUUGGUCACCGUCAAGCGAGCGAAAGGCGACCCUCUUGGUACCCUCAAGUUCUUUGUAACACCCCCAGGAGUUGCCCCCAUUUCCAGUGGUCCUGCCAAGCCUGAGGUUCCUAUAGUUUUGUCUCCUGGUUACCUUACUCCCGGAACGACUACUGAAGAUGCUCAACAGAAUAGCAGACAGCGUUCUAGUUCAUCACCUCCAACCUCACGAUCCAACACCUUGACAGACGAAAAGGCCGAGGACAAGGUGGCACGAGAGGCAAAACAAUACAGAGCCGAAAUGGAAAGAAAACAACAAGAGUAUUUGGCCAAGAGGAAGCAGGCAGCAAUGAAGGGCAGCCCUUCAGAAACACUCGGACCUGGCAUCGUGGGUCGAAACGUCGAUUUUGACCAACCUCGCGAGUCACCCUACGAGGAUAAGCGACCUGAACCAUUGUUCCCUCAGAGGCGACCUCCUGCACCACCCAGUGAUCCUUCUGCGACUUUGAUCAAAGCCAACUCGUUGAGCAGAAAGACUGGGGCAAGUAUGCGAACCUCUAGCAGCAGCUUGGAGGGAUAUCCUUCAAAGCGCUACCCAGAAAACGAGAUGACGGAGAAGACAAAGAGAACCAACAAGCCAACACCUUCACCAUCGCCUGGCAUUGGAGCCGCCCUCGCAGGCAUGGGUAGAAACCUAAGCGCAAUCGGACAAUCUGCGAAGAACGGCCGUGCCUCGUCCCCCUCUCGAUCAUCAACACAUUCGAUCCCUGGAGGUAAGGACACCUUCUCUAGCGUUGAACCCUCUCAAGGUCGAGGCAGUCCUAGUACGACUUCAUCAUCGAAAUCGACCUCGGGUAACGUAACCUGGAGCAAGAAGAACCUGCCCUUCAUUGUACCAGAUUACUCGCCCAGCGAUUCAUCUUUCCUGCUCAGUCCCAGCCCUACAGUAGAUGCUAAAUUCAAUGCAACAGUCCCCCGGGCCACAUCUCCUGCUGAGAUGAGCCCCAACUCGAAUCGUCCCAGGCCCUCGUUUCCACCGGGUCAACAAUCAUCUACCCAACGACGUGCUUCCCAUGGACCAGAACCAGAGUUCCAAGACUCGGAUGUGCAGUUCGCAAAGCCAGCCCCAGCACAACCAGCUGACGAUGACAGUGGAGAUGAUUCUGAUGAUGGGCUUUUCGCGAUUCCGAUUGCUAAUCGUAACAAGGGCAAAGCUGCUGCCGCGAAUGGGAAUGCAAAUGGCCAUGGCCAACGUCCAAGUCUUGUUGUAAAAACAGAGCGCUCAAAGAAGGGUCUGUCUGUUGCCUUUGAAUCGCCCAAAUCUUAUGGAAGUGGAGUGACUCUGGGCAAUAACGAGGACGCAGAUCGUGGGCAGAAACCGACGACACCUCGCUCUGAAACAUGGGAGCCCGAAGAGAAGGACAAAGAAAGCAAGCUUGGUCGACGAAAAUCGUUCAUUGAGAAGGAUGUCUGGGCUAACCGACCUCCCACGGACGCCCUUAUCAACCACCUCGACGACUUCUUCCCCAACUUGGAUCUUGAUCAACCUGUACUUGACGAGCCUGGCGAGGGUGGAAUGCCACCAUCUCCGAUUGCUGAGGGCUCAGAGACAAAUAUUGAGCAACAGGCACAAAAUGCGGCACCGCCGCAGCCAGCAGUAUCGAACUACGCCCAGCAAGCACCACCUGCCGCGAUUCCACCUUCUCGAACACCGUCUCUUUACAACGAAAAUGACACUCUCGGCUCCGAUGAGUCGACUCUGAAGGCCCUUGAUCAACAGCGACCUACAUCAGUAGCUCAGAGGAGUAUCCGACGCUCAGGUGGUCUUGGUCGUAUGAAGUCUAUUCGUGAAGUUGCACGUGGUGCACACGAAGCCAACAAGCGAACAAACUCGACCAGCCAAGGCAAAGGACAGACAGCCACAACCAACAUCAUGCGCCGGAAGAGCACCAAGAUGUUCAACGCCAACAUUGUGCAGAUUCGACCAGACAGACGAGGUAGUGUCGUCAUGCCCCAAAUCCCUCAAGAUACGGUACCGAAGCGACAGACGACAUUUAGGUGGUUCAAGGGUCAGCUUAUCGGCAAGGGUACUUAUGGUCGUGUCUACCUGGGUAUGAAUGCUACUACUGGAGAGUUCUUGGCUGUAAAGGAAGUCGAAGUCAAUCCCAAGGCCGCUGGUGGAGACAAGAACAAGAUGAAGGAGCUCGUUGCAGCGCUCGACCAGGAAAUCGACACUAUGCAGCAUUUGGACCAUAUCAACAUUGUGCAGUACCUGGGUUGCGAGCGAAAGGAAACCAGCAUCAGCAUUUUCCUCGAGUAUAUUUCCGGUGGCAGUAUUGGAUCGUGUCUGCGAAAGCAUGGCAAGUUUGAAGAGUCUGUCGUCUCUUCGUUGACACGACAAACACUCUCAGGUCUGGCUUAUCUGCACCGAGAGGGUAUUCUGCACCGUGAUCUUAAGGCCGACAAUAUUCUGCUCGAUCUGGACGGAACUUGCAAGAUCAGUGAUUUCGGUAUCUCCAAGAAGACUGAUAACAUCUACGGCAAUGACAAGACCAAUUCGAUGCAAGGUUCAGUCUUUUGGAUGGCCCCCGAGGUCAUUCGAUCACAGGGAGAAGGCUACAGCGCCAAGGUAGAUAUUUGGAGUUUGGGCUGUGUGGUUCUGGAGAUGUUUGCUGGCAAACGCCCUUGGGCUAAGGAGGAGGCCGUUGGUGCCAUCUACAAGAUCGCCAAUGGCGAGAGACCACCGAUCCCCGAGGACAUCCAGGAUACGCUUGGCCCAUUGGCUGUGGCUUUUAUGAUGGAUUGUUUCCAAGUAAACCCCUUCGACCGUCCUACAGCAGACGUGCUUCUUUCACAACAUCCGUUCUGUGAACUCGACCCAAACUACAACUUUUACGACACAGCAUUGUACCACAGGAUUAAGUCUUUCAAAUAA